GUCAAACUAUAAAAACUCACCCAACAUCAAACAAAACUCUCAUUUUAUAUCUGUUUUUUUUGUGCACAUUUACUAAGGUUUUGUAUCUUCAUCGGCCAUUUGGAUAUCAUUAACAAGUCACCAUGAUACGAAUUGCUACUUUCGCCGUUAUAUUUGUCACCGUUACCGGUCAAUUUCAAGGCCAAAACUUUCAAGCUGGUCAAUCUUUCCAACCCUCAACUACUCCAGCUCCAGUUCACCCUCCAGCCCAAGUACAUUAUGUAAAUAUUGGCCAAGAUCUCGCUGGUGAUUAUAAGUUCGGUUACGAUACUGGUAAAGGUCCUCUCGGUCAAUCAUUCAGAGAGGAAUCUCGUUUACCUGAUGGAACCGUAAAAGGUGCUUAUGGUUACGUUGAUGCCUCUGGUCAACAAAGGAUCGUACGUUACACCGCCGGUAAAGAUGGUUUUAAUAUAGAUGAGGAUACUCCAGCUGCCGCUGCUGCUGCUAAAGCCACUCCAGCACCCGUUCAACCUCAACGAGCUCCAGCUCCACAAUUCCAGAGUUUCCCACAAGCUCAACCAGUCAGAUUCCAACACCCAUCAGCCCCAGCUCAAGCUCCAACUGCUGCCCCAGCUUCCCAAGAUUUCAAUCCUGCCUUAAUCCGUCAACCCGCUCAACUUCAAAAUCUUCCUCAAAACAACGCUGCUCUUCAAUACAGACAAUAUCAACAACAAGCUCAAGCUCAAGCCCAAGCCCAGGCUCAAGCUCAAGCUCAAGCACAAGCACAGGCUCAAGCCCAAGCUCAAGCACAAGCUCAACAACAAGCCCAAGCUCAACAACAAGCCCAAGCUCAAUUACAAGCACAAGCACAGGCUCAACAACAAGCACAAUUACGUCAAGCACAAGCUCCAACUUACCAAUCUCGUCCCAUUACCCCAGCCCAAGCUCAAAUCGCUAACCAAUUAUCUGCAUCUAACCCACUUUCCGCCUUCCCACAACUUCCAGGAGUUCGUCUUAUCCAGAUAAAUCCUCGUCAAAAUGCUCAACAAUUACCUGCAUCAGACUCUGUUGCUUCAAAUAGUUUUGGCUCAAACAAUUUAGCCGCUACUAGUUUUGGUGCUUCUGGUUCAUUGACUUCAACACCAGCACCUGAGGAAUACACUGGUCCAGUUGUUAUCAACGCUGCUCUCCUCAACUACGAUAUUGGCAGCUCCAGACGAAACUAAUUUAAAUCUUUUUUAGAAACUUUCUUUUCCCUCUAAUGCUCACCAUUAAUCUCAUGAAAACAUUAGUUCAUUAGGUAUUUUGAAUUUUCGAUGUUCUUAUUUCAAAAACAAUAAAUAAGGAUAAUAAAUGAUAAGAGAGUUUCAAAAUCAUAUUUUGUGACUGUUAAUGAAAUAAGAUAAAUAUGCCGAAAGUGCCAAUAUCAAUGUUAGCAUUUUUGAGCCAACAUUGUACUUAAACUGUAUUUUUCUGUAACAUUAUAAUAAGAUGUGCCGGCAUUAAAUUUGUCAUUUAAAUUUCUAA